ACAUUUCCUUCAAUAAUUUUAGUAAUCACUGCCCUAGGAAUGAGCAUGUUGGAGAAAUUCUCUUAACAUGAUUACAUCUUUUUCAUGAUGUCUCGUUUACUAACCACGGAACCAGGUGCAAGGCACGAUAAAUAUCGAAAGAAAGGACUUGAUAAACUAUGCAUUGAUGACACUAUUGACGAAGGCUACUCAUCUGGGAACCCAUUUACAACUCAAUAUCCAGUCAGUUCAGAUGCAGCACCAUCGAAGAUGAGUAAAAAGAAAGUUAUAAACAAUUGGACACCUAAAACCGAGAAUCAAAAUACUCAAGUAAAAGAAGGAAACCAUUCGAGUGCGACAGAAGAAACUGUUACCCGGCCAAAAAUGCUCCCAAGGACUGAAAGUCGGACUUUUGUGUUUAUUUACGAUGAAGAAGAGAAAAAAAGCAAGGCUGUUGCAGCUCCAGAUAACCUGAAGGUAGAUGUUCCUGUUUUGUUACAGUACAAUCUAACAGAGGAAGCCAUUGAAAAGUGCCUUGAAAAACCACAAUUAGGGGAAAGCCCAACUGAAGAAAGUAUUGAUGAGAUGGAUAACAACAGCAAUUUUCCUGCGGUUACAUCAGACAACAAGGUCCUUGCUUUGGGAGGGAAAUACACUUCACCUACAGAAAGUCUAUUAAGGAAUAGAGAGAGGGAUGAACUGAAGAACAAGGGUAUGCAUGUGGUUAAGUGGUUAGUGAAUCUAGAUCAUACUAAUGAAAAACCACUUACAUGAAAUCAGAUCACAUGAUGUACUUGACUUAGUUAUCGUCUUCUUUCUUCAAAGCUUCCUAAUUGUGUUUGUUUUGUUGAGUGUUAAUUGUGCUAUAUAUGCCGUCUGUCGUUUACCCUCGUGUUAAGGUGUAAAGCCCCCCCCCCCCCCCCACGAAAAGCCUUUUAUUGCUUCCUAUUUUACUAUGCGUUUUUGCUCUACGGAAAAUAUUAGUCGAAUGUUUAUUACAAAUCAACACUGACCACAACUUUUGUAUUUCCAUCAUUCUUAACAAAAAGGUCUUAAAUCUAGCUUAAACUUUAUCCCUCAUUACAGAUAAAUGAGGACGGGGUGCAUCAUUUUGUCACAGAGGUCAGAAGCUUAAAUGCUUGGUCACCAAAAUACCUACACAGAAGGAAAAAUAAUGUGACUGAUCUCUUUUUUUUUUAAAUCUGUUAUCACGAUAUAAAAUAAUUUCUCGCUUUAGUUUGGUUUUGAUAUAUAUCGGAACUCGAUCCUUUUCAAAACAUUUGUUUGUUUUUUAAUAUUCUGCAUGCUGGCAAUACAAUUUUUUUUCAAGUUUGAUAAUUUGACAACCCCUGCAACCUUCUAGAAAAUCGAUAUGUAUUAAUAGAAAAUGCAAUUAUGUUCAAUGUUUUGCUUGUCAGUUAUACGUAUAUUAUUAUUUUAUUUUCUUUGUUCAUGUGUUUAUGAAAAAGUGUUGCAGAAACCAAUAAAUGAAAUGAAAAUAAUUUGACAAUUGAAUUUUUUAUUUGUACAUAGUCGAUAUUAGCGAAUGUUCGCAAAUGUGACGCAGACGGAUUCUACAACAUAAUAAAUCAAAUGGACAACUUAGAGGUCUUUGUCGAAAAAUGGUGAACCUGGACAGCAGAUCGUCCUAAGGAUCGGAGCUGAUGAAAACUUGCAAAUAAUGUCGUUUGUCUAGAGACCAGGACGACAUUGCUGUUUUAGUUCACCGAUUUUCGACAAAGUCUCCUUUGUCAUGAAGGGCAAUAUUCUCAACGUUCCAAAACGACUGUCUCUUGUGACUCCCCGGCUCUCGAAUACGACAAUAUCAUCAGUUUUGUGUAAUAUGUAAUAUACAUGUAUAAUAACACGAUUCAUAUAUUAAAGUUUUAGCUAUUCGUUCCCACACAAUUCCAUGUUACUCUUGAAAUGACAACUCCGGUGUUUUAAUGAGAGGAAGAAUAAGAAGAAGAAAAAAAAGAAAAAAAUUAAGAAAGGCUAAUGAGAGCAAAAUAAAUGAAAUAAGAUACGAUUAUUAAAACCCCUGUAACUUUUUAAUUGUUCACAUGUCUUUUAAUUGUGACAAAGUGGACGAUAUUCAUGUAAAGUACUCAUGUUUUCCGAUGUUACACAAUAUGCUACAUGAUUGUAUACGAGUUGUAGGCCUCCCUCGUUGUUGGACAAGUUGACUUGAAAGAGAUAAGCAAAACAGGCAUAAGAAAAAAAAUCAUCAAAUCGGAUGUGAAAUAAGAAAUGAAUGAGACUAUUUUAUUACUAAUUUUUUUAAUCAAUAACCCCCAUAGGUAUGCACAAUACGGAUUUUAUGUACAAUAAUGAGAUAGUUGAUGAUGACACACACUCUAUUUGUUUUGUAUUUCAUAAUUUCGAAUUAUAAAAAAAAAUCAAUGAUAUAAAACUUUAUUUGAAUUAAGCAUCUAUCAUGUCUAUUCAUCUACUGCUGUACAAUAUUAUGAUUUACAGGAAAGACAUUAAUUAUCGUGAAAAAAAUAUCUAAAAAUGAAUAUUUGAUAUAGUGAAAACAUCAUCGGAUAUACCGCCCAUUUGUGAAAAUUGAACAAUAGGCCUACUGGAAAAUGUAUGUAUAGAGAAAGAAAAUAAUAAAGAAAAAAAAAGAUACAACUGAUUACUCUCCAUUGGAUAAGUUCGACUACAUGAAAUUUAUGAUUCUCAAGUUCAUACUGAUUUUUUUUCGUUGUUUGAGUGGUACUGUGAUGCCAUAUGAUUGUCGCUAAAUUGUGCAGGGUUAAGAACAUUAAAAGAUAUUCUGAUGACCUGA